UGCAUUAAAAACUGGACUCUGGCUCAAGAAUAAGAAUGCCAUUUGAAAGUCAAAAUAUAAAAAGCGUUUAAUUUGGAAUUGGCAAUUUAUUCGGUGAUUUGCCGUUAACGGAAUUAGACAGAGAAAUACAGUCUUUCCCAACCAUGAAAUUCAUUAGCGUUGCCUUCUUGGUGGUUGCCACUUUGGUGGCCUCGAUUGCCGCCCAAGAUAAAUACACAACCAAAUACGACAACAUCAAUGUCGAUGAGAUUCUCUCCUCGGAUCGUCUUUUGAAUAAUUAUUUCAACUGUCUCAUGGAUCGUGGCAGUUGCACUCCCGAUGCCCAGGAACUGAAGAAGGCCAUUCCCGAUGCCCUGAAAACCGAGUGCAGUAAAUGCAGCGAAAAGCAAAAGAAGGUCAUCGACAAGGUCUGUCACUUUUUGAUCGAAAAGAAACCCGACCACUGGAAGGAACUCCAGGCUAAAUAUGAUCCCCAGAAUAUCUACUACAACAAAUACAAGAGUCACAUCUAAGUGUGUGGCAAUAGAAGUGAUGAAUUUAGAGAGUGAAAUGGAAAAAGAGGAGGAGGCUAACAUCGAUUUGCAGGAAGAAGGAAUAAUUGUUUAUUGAUUUCGGUUUUUAUUAAAUAAAAUUUGGCUAAUAAACAAAAAAAAA